GGGCGUGCGAGCCGAGCCCGCUGCUCACCUGCCGCGGCGCAGCUCACCUGCCACGGAGCGCGCCCUCCCGGCCCUCCCAGCCCAGCCGGAGCCCAGCCGCCGCCCCUGGCCGCCGCGGGCACCGGCGCCCGCCGACAUGCGACUCGAGUAGCUCGCGCGCUUUGGAAGCACCGGAGGAGCCCCCUCGGCCUGGGCGCGCCAAGAGGACGGGGGUUAAGAUGAAUGAAGACCUGAAGGUCAAUGUAAGCGGGCUGCCUCCGGAUUACCUAGACGCCGCCGCCGCGGAGAACGCCUCGGCCGCCGUCUCCUCCCGGGUUCCCGCUGGAGAGCCCGAGCCCGAGCUGGCCGUCAACCCCUGGGACAUUGUCCUGUGUACCUCGGGAACCCUCAUCUCCUGUGAAAAUGCCAUCGUGGUCCUCAUCAUCUUCCACAACCCCAGCCUGCGAGCGCCCAUGUUCCUGCUCAUAGGCAGCCUGGCGCUGGCGGACCUGCUGGCCGGCGUCGGCCUCAUCGUCAACUUUGUCUUUGCCUACCUGCUGCAGUCGGAAGCCACCAAGCUGGUCACCAUCGGCCUCAUCGUCGCCUCUUUCUCUGCCUCCGUGUGCAGCUUGCUGGCCAUCACGGUGGACCGCUACCUGUCGCUGUACUACGCGCUCACCUACCACUCGGAGCGGACGGUCAACUUCACCUACGUCAUGCUCGUCAUGCUCUGGGGGACCUCCAUCUGCCUGGGGCUGCUGCCCGUGCUGGGCUGGAACUGCCUGCGCGACGAGUCCACCUGCAGCGUGGUGCGGCCGCUCACCAAGAACAACGCGGCCGUGCUCUCCGUCUCCUUCCUCUUCAUGUUCGCGCUCAUGCUGCAGCUCUACGUCCAGAUCUGCAAGAUCGUGCUGCGCCACGCCCACCAGAUCGCCCUGCAGCACCACUUCCUGGCCACGUCGCACUACGUGACCACGCGCAAGGGGGUCUCCACCCUGGCCAUCAUCCUGGGGACCUUCGCCGCCUGCUGGAUGCCUUUCACCCUCUAUUCCUUGAUAGCAGAUUACACCUACCCCUCCAUCUACACCUACGCCACCCUCCUGCCCGCCACCUACAAUUCCGUCAUCAACCCUGUCAUAUACGCGUUCAGAAACCAGGAGAUCCAGAAAGCCCUCUGCCUCGUCUGCUGCGGCUGCAUCCCGUCCGGCAUCGCCCAGAGAGCGCGGUCGCCCAGCGACGUGUAGCAGUGGGCGCCCGGGAGGGUGCGCCCGGGAGGGUCCUGCACUUACCAAGCACUUCCACUGCCCGGCCCGGGGCCAGAUGCUUCCCUUGAAUUCUUUGCAUUGGAUUCUCUGUCAAGCCACGGAGCGCUCAGCACUCGUGCAACAAGGACAGCAUUUACAUGAGCUAAGUGUCUGAAGUGAAAAUAAUGUUACCAGUGUUUUCACCACUUAAAAAAAAAAAAUCAUUGAGUUUUCACUCAGUUAUUAUUUUGUUGUGUUUGGAGGCAGGGGUUUUUGCUUUAUAUAUUUUGUUUUGGAAGGUUGCUGGUGGGUGGGAAAGAAAGGGCUAUGAUAUGACCAGGAUUUUAUCAAAAGCAAAUGAGUCCCAGAGUUUUUGCCUGGACUUUAAAAUAAAUCUGAGUUAUUGAGGAAAAUCGAGAAAGAAUUACUUUCUCCAGACUUUUUUUUUUUUUUUUUAACAUGAAGAUAGAGUUUUAAAUGCUGCAUGCAUCUGACAGAACAUGAUCCCUUUCAAGCAGACAAAAAUAGUUUACAUGAUUACGUUUGGGAGGGACCUGAUUUUGUUAACUUGAUCUCAGUAACCAGUCACCGACACUGAAACUAUGAACCUGUUCUUAUUCAUGCUUUCUCUCCGUUCAGCAAUUACUGUUCAUGAGAAUUACUUUGGUACUUCUUUAAAUGCUGCAACUCUGCAUGGUUGCCUGUGUUAGCUAGACCACUAGUUUCAAAUGUUGCCAUGUAAAUCCAGAAUCAAAAGAGUCAUUUUUUCAAUACAGUUUUGCAAUAUUCCCUUCUAAGACAAAUCGUAAAAUAUGUUUUGAAUUUCGUAUGACAUAGGACUGAUUAGAUCCCCCAUUAUGGUUUCUUAAGCUGUAGUCUGAUUGUUUUCAGGAAACAAAAGGAAAAAAAAAUAUUAAUAACAGCUAUUAAAAGCAGAUUAAAUUUAUUUUAGUAUAUUCUGAAAAAUAAAUAAAUAUGAAAGCAUUACCUUUACUGUUUCUAUCUAAGAAUGUAUUAGUAGGUAUUCUUGAUUGAGACAAUUGGAAUUAAAUAUUAUAGCCCAAGUUUUUUCAUAUCAUCUGUGGUGCAAAAUGCAUUUGAAACAGGUGGUCCCUUAUUUUAAUGAUAAAAUUUGUGAGUGCAUAACAUACCUACAUGACAGUGAUGUAUGUUACAAGCAGAAUGACCAUGUGGCUGUUUGUGAAAAGUUACGUUUGAAAUCCUUUCCUUCUUUUCACCAAAAAAAAAAAAAAAAUUUAAAUGCAAUAAAAACUGUAUUGCCUGAUUUCAGAGAGCAAGAAUUUAGUCAGGACGUAACAAAGAAGAAUUCGUUUUAAACUUACUGUAACAUCAGUGUGUCAGAGUGUCAUUUCUGUUACUGCAGACAGAUGUAAACACAGAUACCUUCCCUCCAUUUUCAAGGGAUUUACAGUUGUAUCUACACAACUAACCAGGAAAAGAAUUUCUUGGCAGCACAUCAACUUAGCCCAUUCAGACUGCAGCAAGAUCAGUAUUUCUGGGUCGUUGGGGAAUCAUUUGUAACAAAUUAACCUCACCAGCUUGUCUCAAAUGUUAUGCCCACAGUGGUCUCAGACCUUUCUGGUAGCCUGCACGCUGAUGCUGUCUCUCCAAAGCCUCUUCUAAUGUAGCACAAGUGUGAAUAAAUCCUCUACUUGAAUCUGUGUCUCCUCCCUGAGGUUACUUAUGGAAGCAGGAGAGGGACUGAAAUAUUUAAGAAGUGGGAAAGAAUUUUCAAUACAUUUUACUGUAUGAGCAAUCAAAUCAAGUGGAUGCCUUUAAAACAUUUCUGUUGAACAUUCCAUGGAGUUGAUAGAUUGAAUAUGAGUCUGUUCUACAUCACUUAACAUGUGAUGGCAUCCCUAUGGGAGAACUGACAAAGGUAAGUUGGUUUUGACGUGGGCUGGGAAAUACCCAUAACGAGGGUGUAAAGCAAUAAAUGAUGUUUUGUGAAAUGGCGGUUCCAUUUGCAUAUGUCUACUAGUAGGGAUAACAAUGACAAAAUGCGUGCUAUUGUUGACCACGUUGCGUGCCAGGCCUCAUGCUGGGUGCUUUACCUGGUCUUCUGCUACAAUCACAAAAAUAUACUUUUUCAAGUGAGAAAACAGAGACAAGAGAGGAGAGGCUCAGAAACCAGUCCAAGGCCACAGAGCCACAAGUGUAGAACUAGAAUGUGAAGGCAAGUUUUCCAAAGUCUAAGUCACUGGAUAUGAGGGCUGGGAAAACUGAUUUUUUUUUUACAUGUUCUUAUCGCAAAGUUUUGUUUCUAUAAUCAAGACAUAUAAGUUUCUGUUUAAAAUCACAUGUGGCACGACUACAGCGUGGCCCUACUAGAAGGAGGUCUGUUCUCACCGUGUUCCUAAUGCCAGUAUGGAAUGAUGGUCUUACAAGCACUAGUUAAGGGGUUGCUUUGGGCCCAUGUUUUUAAAACAUCUGAUUUCAGCUAAGAGAUUAUUCUCAAUGCAGCUAUAACAUGUCCUUAUUGUUUACUUUAAAUUUUGAGGAUUUUUGGGUGUUUAUGUGGUUUUCUACAAGCCUUGUUUUUUUCCUAUGAUGUUAGUUAUUUUAAAAUGUGCACAUUAUCUCAGUAUAUAGGUGUGUGUGUGUGUGUGUGUGUGUGUGUGUGCACGUAUGUUCAGUAACAUUAACUUUGCAACAGGACCAAAAUAAAUCAUGGAGGACAGUCAUAUUUCCAACAGUCCUGGGGUAGCAGGUAAUCUUUUUACUUCCCGUAAUUAAAAUUUCUAGCUACCAAGGAAUUUCUAUUAGUUCCAGUAGAAACGGCUAUCCUUGUAGCUAAGAUAGGUCAGUUACCUUACCAGAAGCCUUGGUUAGGCGAGACUACUUGCCCCGGUUGUGGCUUUCCAGGGUCUUGUUUCCUUUCGUCCCCUUAACUCUUUACUUCUGUAAACAGUUCCUGGCAGGGGAGGAGGGUGCAGUUAGAGCACCUCCUGCCCUGGAAGCCUGAAUUACAUAGCCAAGUUGCAGAGGGGAGGAAUCCUCAGUUGUCCUGCAAAAACCGUCUUCCAUUCCUCCAGGAUUUAAAGCAGGAUUGAAACAAGAUGUUUAAAAGAGCAGAUGAUGCAUAGGGAUACUUAAUACCAAUAAAAGUAUCUUGUGGACUUCUUAAACUUUUUUUAAUGCUUAAUCCAUCAUUAACAUAAUGUUGCCUUUAUUUCAUGGUAAUUAUAUUUACCAUAUGCAGUUAGGAUGACUUACCAUUUCAGAUUUGAAAUACGGAUUAACUAAGUGACUACAUUUAACUAACUAAACGUUAUUUUGAAUAACAUUGUAAGUUUAUACAAUAACAUUGUAAGUUUGCACCUAGACUGUAUGCCUGGUAAAAUAAACAGACUGCCUUCUAGUCCCCUUGAAACAUUUUAAUGGUUAUAUUGGAUGGUUUCGGUAUCUGGCUAGAACCUUUAAAUCUGUUUAGAACUUAACCAUCACCAAACUGAUAGUUUUGUAUCUCAUGGUUUGAAUUAGCAGACAAAGCUGUCUUGUAGCAAACAAUGCAAAAAACAAUUACUGGUAAUCUUGACUAGGGCUCCUCACACUUUAAGUAUCUAAAGGGUAUUAAACCACCUGAGAAUCAUUUAAAAUGCAAAUUCUGCUUUAGUAAGUCUGGGGCAUGGCUGAGUUUCUGACAAGCUCCUGGGUGAUGCUGACCCUGGCGGUCAGCGGACGACGCCUUUAGUCUCGAGGAUGUGUCACAGUGUUAGCAUCCCUAACAUGUACAUAUUACAUAAAGAUGUUAUAUAAAUAAACAUGUAUAUUUAAAGUGUU